AUGAUCAUCUCUGAAGGAACUCCCAUGACGAAUGGGGAGGUGUUUGCAUUACUUCGCCGUCGCCGGGAUGAGCGGAAUGCAAAGUUGCAACCACCGUUUGGAAUGCAGUUCUCAAGCAGCACCAGCACUACAAGUACAUCACAGAUACAACCACAACGUGGUUCAGCUCCAGUGAUGACAAAUGUAUUGGCGAAUACAACUCUCUUUUUUCCACCUGAGACACUUUUUUUGCAAGAUCAACAGCAAGGUGGGGUAAAUAGUAUGACAUCCACUAUGUCUAUGAUUAACGCAAGAAAUAAUGCCUUGUUUGCCUCACCUACGGCCUCUCAUUUAAUUGUACUCUUAACAGAGUUACGUGCCCUUCGUUAUUUAAGUAAAUAUACUACUAUUAGUGGAACUAACAGAGUACACCAGCUAUAUGGUCCUUCCAGUAUUCAUUGUAGAUCCCGUCACCAGAAUACCAAACUUGAUAAUGAAAAAGAAAAAGAAGAGGAAGAAGAAAAUGGGUCGAAUAAUAAUAAUAAUAAUAAUAAUAAUAAUAAUAAUAAUAAUAAUAAUAAUAAUAAUAAUAAUAACCAUGAUAAUACUAACCGUAUUAAUAAACAUGAUAAUAAUGUUAGCAGUACUUUACCAGAUUUAGAAGGAGAAGAAGAAGGGAUUGUUGCUGAUGAUCUUGUUAAGCAAGAAGAAGCUUUAAUGCAGAUUGUUCAAAAAUGUCGUCCUGGUACUGUAAGUCAUGUACGUGCGGUGGACACAGUUCUCUCACUUUGGGAGAUGCGUGGAAGAAAACAUGAGCUUAAUAGCUCUAAUAGAGUAAAGAUGGUGUUGCGUACACUGAGAGAUCGUCUUCGAGCAUCUUCUAAUAGUAAUGAAGAAGCUUCCGAUAUUCUUAUGAAUGAAAAAGAACAGCAAGAACUUCCCUCAUCGGAUCGACCCCGUCUUGUCUUUGCCCCACCCUCUGUUCCUCUCUCCAUGUUCCUCACAGAACAGCCGUCAUCCUCAUCAUUAUCAUUAUUACCAUCAUCAUCAUCAUCAGCAGCAGCAGCAGCAGUCACAACAGUCGUUGGGGCAUCAUCAUCAACAACCAACAGAGAUGGUGGAGUUGUUAUGAGUGGAUCAACUGCUGCUCUGCAGAAGGAAGAAAUUAAAUGGACUACACAAGAUCUUCUUCGACUCGUCAUGGCACGACCCAGAGACAGUCUCGAUGUACACCGUGUCGUGGAUAAUCUUGAAGAGCUUGUCGGGCAGAAUGAAGAGCUGCUGAAUUUUCUGGAAGAGGAAAUUGUUCGGGUUUUCGCUUAA